AUGGAGCCGGAUUCUGCAGCAGGUCCUCCCAAGAAAAGCGGCACCACCCUCUCCGUGGACCGGGCCGCCUUCCUCCUGCUGCGCGUCAGGAAAGUGUUCAAGAAGAAGCGACAGCAGCGCAAGGAGCGACAAGCCCAGCAGAGUGCCGCCGCCGCGGGUGGUGCAGGCGGAGUGGGCGGUGGUGCAGGUGGUGGUUCCGGGUCACAAUCGCGACCGGGCAGCCGCAAGCUGCCGCCGCCAUUGUUACGGUCGCGCACACUGCCCGCCAUCAUUGUGCCAGGACUUCCGGUCGUCUCGCUGCACACGGAUAAACAAACAUUUCAAUUGGACGAGCGUUUGCUGGGCAGCAAAAGCCGCAGCGGCAGCGCCAGCGGUCAUCGUUGGUCGCUGCUCACACGUGCCAGCAACAACAGCAGCAGCGGCAACAACACCAACAACAGCAACAACAACAAUGCCGGCAGCAGCAGCAACAACAACAACAACACGCAUUUGGCCAACAACAACAAUACACUAAUGGUAAAAUCAUUGAAUUUGCCGAAAGACGAUAGCAAUUUGGUCUAUCGUCGAAAGUCCUCGGGCAGCACGCCCCACCAACAUCAGAACUCGCACCACCAUUCCCAUCAUCAUCUCCACCAGCAGCAGUUGCAUCAACAGCAGCAACAUCCGCAGCAAUCGCAUCUGCAGCACCUGCAUCACCUGGGGGAUACCUCGCUGUUCCAACUCUCCGAUGAUUUUGAGUGUCACGCGGAUGGAUCCCUGCUGCUCAGAAUACCAGCUCCUCAUGUGGUGGCAGCGCGAGCCUAUCGACUGGCGGCCCGAAAGCGGGCAGCCGCCUCCUCGGAGGCCUCAACGCCGAUGUCCCGGGAGCACACCCUCCACGAGAUGCCUCUGGCGGAGACGGCCAGCUCGGGAUCCGGCUCUGGAUCCGGUUCUGGAUCGAGCACGACCUUCACGCGGCUGGCCAAAUUGCUGCAUCAAUCAAGCGCCCUGGCAGGCAGGCAGUCCAAUCUGCAGCCACCGCCGUCGGCUGACAAUGCGGUCCAGAGUCUGGGCAGAGGACUCGGCCUGGGACUCGGCGAGGAGGCGCCACGGCGUCUGUCCUGGGAGAGGCGCAAGGACAGCAGUGCUCUGCAGCGCUCGGCCAGCAUCGACUCCUUUGCCGAGAUUGUGUUUAGCGAGUCGCCACGCCCCUCGCUGGCAGUCACGGGACCAGGUGGCUCCUCCUCCUGCGGCGCCCCCUCUCCGUUCAGCAAACGUCCUUCGGCCAGCAGCCUGUACUCCACCUCAACGUCCAGCUCCUUCGGCUCGCAGGCGCAGGCCCAGCUGAAUGUCAAUUACGGUGACUCGCCAGCCGGAUCCGGAUCAGCGGGUGGACCGGUCCCCGGCCACCAUGGGGCGUCAGGUGGCGGCGGCAACGGGGGCAGCAGUGCCAGCAGCAGCCGGCGCGAAAGCAUGCUCAGCCCCUCCUCCACGCGCCGCUCCAAGCUGACCAGAAUCAUAAACGGUGAGUGCGGAAAUCGGAUGCGGAAUCCACAAUAUCUACUUUGUUGCCAGGCGAUGCGUGCCAUAUCGUUGCGAUCAUAUGGCUCUUUCAAUCGCUUUAAGUAA